GGCAGAAGCCGAGCUGGAGUCAGUAAGUGACAUCAUCAGCAGGAGAUCCCCUGCGCAGGGUGCCCUGCCUCUGGGACUGCCAUGGGAGAUGAGGCCUACCCAGAAUGCCAAGCCCAAGAGUUGUUUGAUGACUUUGUCCAGGCCACUACCUGCAGAGCCACCCUUCGUGCCUUCAGCCAGCUGUGUGAACACCUUCAGCUCGCACAAACAGCCACUGAGCGGCCUCUGUACCACACAAUCAAAGAGCGCCUCAACUACUGGAAAGCCAAUGGCCUGUGGGCCAAACUGGAUAAGAGGGCUGCACAUCAAGAGUAUAUGAGGGGCCGCGCCUGUGCCAACACUACAUGUGUGAUCAUUGGGGCGGGGCCCUGCGGUCUGAGGACAGCGGUGGAGCUGGGCUUCAUGGGAGCUCGAGUGGUGCUCCUGGAGAAGAGAGAUGCCUUCUCCAGGAACAAUGUGCUCCACCUCUGGCCUUUCACCAUCCAUGACCUCAGGGGCCUCGGGGCCAAGAAGUUCUAUGGCAAAUUCUGUGCUGGAUCCAUCGACCAUAUCAGUAUCCGCCAGCUGCAGUUGGUGCUUUUGAAGGUGGCGCUAUUGUUAGGGGUGGAAGUUCAUGUGAAUGUGGAGUUCAAGGAGCUGGUGGAGCCACCUGAACACCAGCAGAGCCAAAAGGUGGGAUGGAGAAUACAGGUGCAUCCCAAGUCCCACCCUGUCACCCAGCUCGAGUUUGAUGUUAUUAUUGGAGCCGAUGGACGACGGAACACACUCCCAGGGUUCAGACGCAAAGAGUUCAGAGGGAAGCUGGCCAUUGCCAUCACAGCUAACUUCAAAAACAGGAACACCACGGCUGAGGCCAAGGUAGAGGAGAUCAGCGGCGUGGCCUUCAUCUUCAACCAGAGGUUUUUCCAGGAACUCCGCCAAGACACUGGGAUUGACCUAGAGAAUAUAGUUUACUACAAGGAUGACACACACUACUUUGUCAUGACAGCGAAGAAGCAGAGUCUGCUGGACAAGGGAGUCAUUCUGCAGGAUUAUGCAGACACGGAGCUGCUUCUCUCACGGGGGAACGUGGACCAGAACGCACUGCAGGCGUACGCCCGUGAGGCCGCCGACUUCUCCACCAAUCACCAGCUGCCGUCUCUGGACUUUGCCAUGAAUCAUUAUGGGCAGCCAGAUGUGGCCAUGUUCGACUUCACCUGUAUGUACGCCUCCGAGAACGCUGCCCUGGUUCGCCAGCGACAGGGAUACCAGCUGCUGGUCACACUGGUGGGAGACAGCCUGCUGGAGCCGUUUUGGCCUAUGGGGACCGGCAUAGCACGAGGCUUCUUGGCAGCUCUGGACUCGGCCUGGAUGAUUCGCAGCUGGGCACAGGGCAGCGGCCCACUGGAUGUGUUGGCCGAGAGAGAGAGUCUGUAUCGUCUCCUUCCUCAAACCACUCCAGAGAACAUUAACAAGAACAUCUGCCUGUACACAGUGGACCCAGCCACACGCUACCCCAACAUCAACCCCCUGCUCAUCACUCCAGCUCAGGUGAGGCAUCUGGUUGACACAGGAGAGGAGACGGGGUUGGAUGUGGAUUUUGAAACUCUGGCCCGCUUGCCAUCACCAAGACUUCUCAGAGAGGAGUCCUUCUCUCGCUCCAAUAAGCUGCUGAACUGGUGCCAGGAGCAGACACAGGGGUACCGUGGCGUUGCCGUUAGCGAUCUGACUACUUCCUGGAAGAGUGGCCUUGCUCUGUGUGCCCUUAUCCACCGCUACCGGCCUGAUCUCAUUGACUUUGAUUCCCUCGAUGAGGCGGAAGUGGAGGAGAACACCCGGCUGGGGUUUGACGUGGCAGAGCGCGAGUUUGGGAUUUCUCCUUUGAUGACGGUGGAGGAGAUGUCCUCUGUGGGUGAACCGGACUCUCUCUCCAUGGUCAUGUACCUCAGCCAGUUCUACCAACUCCUGAAGGACACUCUGCCUUCUGGUGGGGCUCUGUCUCAGACUGCUGAUGUGAGAGCUGCUCUGAUCACACCUGCUUCUCUUCUCAGCAGGCUGGGCCACAGUCCAUCCCGCAAACGAAACCCCAAGGAGCAGAAAGAUGCACUGGGUAAAAGGAGGAAGACUAGUCGACCUUGUCAAGAUGAGCAGGAGCAGGAGGACACUAAUGGUCACCGAGACAGCCAGGCCUUUGAGGAGGGAUUUGUGGGUGGAUGCAGUCGCUCCAGAGUGCGUCUGAUGGCCAAUCAGCUGCAGGCAAAGCUAGACGAGAGCGCGACCUCUUGCCAAAGCCCCUCGUCCUCAGCUGCCGCAGUGCUGCGCAGACAGAGAAAACGUACCCAGCAACAGGAACAGAUGAGUUUUCGUUUCAAAGAGAAGAUCAAGUCCCACAUUCUCCCCAGUGAGGGGGAGCAGGUAUCUGGUGCCAGCGACGUGUGUUUCUUCUGUAGUAAACGUGUAUACGUAAUGGAGAGGCUGAGUGCCGAGGGCCUUUUCUUCCACCGCAGCUGUUUCCAGUGUGACUACUGCAGCAGCACCCUCCGCCUGGCAUCCUACGCCUAUGACGGGCUUAACGGGAGGUUCUACUGCCUGCAGCACUACGACCUGCGGCUCAGCGGUCCUGCCCCGAGGAAGAGAGCAGCGGCCAGCAUCUCGUCCGACCGAACCGUUUCUCAUCGGACUUCAAUAGGGUCGUUGGGUUCAGUGCCUACGGCUUCAUCCACAGACAGCCCAACUUCAGGACCCACAGCAGCCGGUCGCCGAUCAUCAGUGGCUUCACUGAUCGAGCGGGAGUCGGGGCUCACCAAGAGGGUGCGGGGGACGCCGGAGCGCAUCGAGCUGGAAAACUACCGCCUGAGCUCGGGGAACGCAGAGGCCCAGCUGCCGGAGGAGCCUGAGGAGAUCCCGGAGGAGACGCUGACCAAGUACAACCUCAGUCUGCUGGAGAAAAACACCGGGAGGUCCAGUUCAGAGUCAGAGAUGGAGGAGGAGAAGGAGGACCGACGGCAUGUGACCUCAGGCCGGGCCAAAGCGUCUUGGAGGCAGGCGCUGGAGCUCCACGCUCACCACAGAGGCGGGCAGGACGAAGAGGAGGAGGAAGAGGAUGAUGAGGAGGAAGAGGAUGGAGAAGUUGAUGAAGAAGAAGGAGGGAAUGACUUGGAGUCUAGUGACGAAGGGGAGUAUAGCCCCUGGGAGAUGGAGCGCCAUUCAGGCCUGUGGCUCCUACUAGAGGAGGAGACAGAAGAGGAGUUAUCUCAUCUUCCUCUUGCUACUAAGAAAGACUCAUCGACUGGGAGAGGCGACUUCAUGUACUCCUCAAACACUAACACCCACACACCUGACGAAGCCCCGGAACCCGACUCCACAACAUGCGAUACACACACCUUGGACGCACCUGGUCCAGUCAGCGCCCCCAACAUCACCGUCUCUACACCUUCAGUGCAAAGCAUUACUCCCAUGUUACCUCUGCCCCAUGCCAGCACCCCAUCCACCGCCUCUCUCUCCUUCACACCGACUUCCACAGCCACGACCCCAGACAGCGCCUCCAUCUUUUCAUACUUCUCCACCAUGUCUAGCUGCUCGCCCAGCUCUGAGGAGAACACCAGGGAUGAAAAGGAAAUAAAACUGCAAGGGGGAGGUAAGGAGGAGGCCAGCAGCAGCUCUGGGGUGGCCAUUAACAACAGCUCAACCACCUCUGACUCUGCCACGGUCACGCCUUCUGGCUCACCUCUAUCCGGACAGCUUAAACUGGCCAGGGAAAGCACUGAUAGUGAUAUUACCUUGCAGGCAGGAACUCUACAGAGCUUCCUCCCUUGUCCAGCUCCUCCACCCAUGGUACCAACUGUGGUGCUGCGGGGAACAGGUGGACAAGUUAGAGGGUCUUUCGGUGAGAUCUUGUACGAUGGCAACACAGGGGAAACCUUUGAGGACAUUAACCCUGAAUUGCCGCCCCAAAGGCCCCUCCUCCAGCAACCAAUACUGGUUCAGAGAGAGAAGGACAGAAAGCUGGAGGUGGAGAGGAGGAAGGAGAUAGAGAGGGCGGCGCUCGGAGAGGCCUGGGUUGAUACAAAGACUCCCCUGACUCUGGAGUCUCAACCCGGAAGCAGUAAAGUAAUGCCAGGCCUGGACCCAAAGGCACUCACCAACAGCUUGCCCCCUCGCCUCCUUGCCCCUUUGCAAGGCAGCUCUGUCUUCCUUCAGCUGAAGUCCCUCAAGGACUCCCAGGGUGAAGGGUUGGAGGAAGGAGGAGCCAGGGCUCUCUGGAGCUCUGUCUUCUCUGGGAACAAGAAGGAUCGGAAAAAGAAAGGCGGGAUGUCCCUUCCAGGCAAGGCAACACCUGCAGAGAGGGGGAGGAAGGAAGCUACUAAAUCGAGAAGAGCCACAGAUUCCCGGCUCAGGAGACAUUCAAAUUUGACAGAGGAAUCUGAGCUGGCCUGUUCCACCGUGCUGCAGAGGUGCUCACUCAACCCCAGAACCAAUCUGCGUUUGGAACUGUUUGACCUAACCUCAGAAAUGCAGAGGGUAACAAUAAAGGAAGAGGCGGACCUGGAGAACCAGGAGCCUGCUUAUGUGCCUCAUGCUCUGGCUUUUAAACGAGCAUAUGCUAUUAAGAGACGCUCAGUAAAGGACAAAUCAUCUUCCCUGGACUCGGAUGGGCAGUCCUCGUGUCAAACAGAGGAGGUGGGCAUCAUGGUUCGUGUGAAGGAGCCGUCCAGCCUCAGCAUGACGGAGACCAUGUUCCAAAAAGACCGGGAGGCCAAAGACGAGGAUCUGGAUGCCAGAAUCACACGGCGGGUACAGAGGGCGGCACGCAAGCAGGCCAAACAGGAACAACUCAAGAGACUGCACAAAGCUCAGAUCAUCCAGAAGCAACUGGAACAGGUGGAGGAGAAGCAGAGACAACUCGAAGAGAGAGGUGUAGCUGUUGAAAAAGCCCUGAGAGGGGAAGCAGAUUACUGGGGUGAAUCCAAUGACAGUGAAGACUUGGACCUCCACCUGGGAGGGCUGGGGAAGCUGGAUAACCCUGCCCUGAUGCAGCAGUGGUUCCAGCUGGUGCAGCAGAAGAACUCUCUGGUGCGCUAUGAAUCUGAGCUCAUGAUAUUCGCUCGAGAGCUGGAGCUGGAGGACAGACAGAGUCGCCUGCAGCAGGAGCUGAGAGAGAGGAUGGCUGUGGAUGACCACUUGAAAGGGGAGGCACAGCUGGCAGAGGAGCGCCUGAUCCUGGAGGAAAUGUUGGAGGUGGUGGAGCAGAGAGACGCCCUGGUUUCUCUGCUGGAGGAGCAGCGUCUGCAGGAGCGUCAGGAGGACCGAGACCUGGAGGCUGUCAUGCUGUCCCGAGGCUUGGGCCUCCACUGGGCCUGAGCCGGCCCCCCUCUCUUAGCUGUGACAUUGUCCUGAUGCCCAAAGUUUGACUCCCUUUCUUCAGAAACUAACUGACUGCUGCAGUCCGCUGUCAAGAGCCAGAUUCACACUCUAGUCCAAUCCUUCUUCUUUUAACCUUUCCAAUCUGUGCAUUUUCAGCUUCUAGAAAUGUCGCUGAAGUUCAUCUUGCUGAACACAUUUGAACGUUUUAUGAAACUGAAUUCAAUCUUCUGCUGUGCUUUUGAAACAGCAUUGACAUUUCCGUUUUCAUGCCAACAUAAAUUAGCAGUACAUUGGUUCUCCUCUCGACCAAUCCUCACCACUCUUUGCCUUAAAUGAUUUUCCUCUCACCAUUCUGAAAAAAAAAGAGGUAGUCCAACUCUGGUUUGCGCAAAUGUGACUCUUCUCAGUCCCA